ACUUCAGUUUGAAGCUAAUGUAACACACUCCUUCAUAACAGCUACAGCUUACUAGCGGCGGGGACUCUUCAGCUGCACCGGUAAACACUAUGGACUCUGUCAGCCAGUGAGGAGUGGCAGCCCUGCUAAUCAACUAGUAGCUAGUUCCCAGCUAACAGAAGAUGGAAGCUGCUUCCCUCGCCUGCCAUCAGCUGUGGGUAACCCUAUGAUACAUCCAUGGGGUAACACACACUAAGGUGGGCUAACCUGAAGUCAAUUCAACAGCCGCUAGCAUCAGAUGUCCUCCUAUUAUCCUGUUAGCUAAUAUCUCUGCAGAGAAAUUUCAGCGAUGGAGGAAGUGGACAAAAUUUUGAUUCACACCCUCAAACAAGUCGGCACAGAGGUGAGUGAGGAGGUUAACAGUGUCAAAGAGUUCACCAGUGAGCUGAUAGUGGAGGCCGUGGUCAGAUGUAUCCGGGUAAUCGAUCCGGGCCUGGGCAGCGCGCUGCCAACCUCUCUCCCCCCCGGCAUGUCAGCCCGCUUCAGAGUGGGCAUGAGCCUGGCACAGGCCUGUCAGGACAUUGGUUAUAAAGGCGAGAUAGGCUACCAGACCUUUCUGUACAGCAAUGAGCCAGAGAUCCGCUCCCUGCUCAUGUUCCUGGUGGAGAGGCUGCCCAGAGAAAGUGCUGAGACCUCAGACCAGCCAACAGGUAAAUCGGUGGUCCUCCAGAGAGCCAUCGCUGCUGCCAUUAAAGCCCAGCUGUCUGUGCCCUGGCUGCCUCCAAACUGCAGACUGCCACUGCACGGUGAAACACAAAGUCCAGGAGGACUGCACAGCUUCCACGUCCAGCCCCUCAGUUUACCACACUGCACUAAAGGUCCUACGAAGAAAGAGCUCAUCGACUACCAGCGGGACAUUCUUCCCCCCGUGACCGCCCAGCCCUCCAAUCAUGCCUCUGUGGUGGCAUCCAUAUUGGAGCAGCACACGGCCGAGCUGAGCGCCGCUCAGGAGUGGGACAGCGAGUGGAACAGUCAGGGACUCGUUUCUCGUCUCACGCCUCAGGAGUACCGGUCCAGGAAACUGACCCGACUGCGUAAACGUGCCGAGGAGCAGCUGCGUUCUGCCUCACUGCCCUCUGCUGAAAGUGCCUUCGGUGGUCCUCGCUCCACCUCUGACCUGUCUGAGCUACUGCAGGCCUUCAGAGGCUCCGCCCCCGCCAACCAAGUCCUCACAAAGGGUUCUCACUUCACCCACACACAGAAGUUCACCUUCACACAGGUCGGCACCACUCCAGGAAUAAAUCACUGUGUCCACAGUUUACAGUUCAGUACAGUGUCCUCUAACGUGUCUGUGUGUCUGUGUGUGUGUCAGGAGGCAGCAGCAGUAACCAGCCCCAUCCCCACCGGGCGUCAGUCAGAGGGUGAUGUCCAGCUCCGUCAGGAGGAGGAGCUGGCUUCACUGCAGCAGCAGUUCCAACAACUCUGCACUGAUGUUGACCAGCUAACAGCAGAUAUGAAGCACAUGGGUGUCACUAAUACACAGGUGUUGGAUGAGUUGAAGCAGAGAGAGCUGGGAAACACUGAAGAGGAGGAGAGGAUGCAGGUGAAGAAGAAAACUAUCGACCUGCUGCCAGACGCUGACAACAACCUGGUGAAGUUUCAGGCUCAGGUGGAGGCCAGCGCCAAGCGGGUGCUGCACCUGGCAUCUCAGUGGGAGAAACACCGCGCUCCACUCAUUGAAGAGCACCGCACACUUAAAGAAAUCUGCAGCAAUCAGGAUCUGGAAUCAUCCAGAAAGCUGUCUGAAAUCAAGUCUCUGCAUGAUAAAAUCCGUGUGUCAACAGAGGAGGCCAAGAAGAAGGAAGAAAUAUACAAACAGCUGGUAACAGAGUUAGAAAAUCUUCCCCAGGAUGCGUCUCGGUCAGCAUACACACAGAGGAUUCUAGAGAUUGUCAGCAACAUCAAGAAACAGAAGGAGGAAAUUACAAAGAUUCUGUCUGACACUAAGGAGCUACAGAAAGAGAUCAACAACCUGACGGGGAAACUGGACAGAACCUUUGCUGUGACUGAUGAGCUGGUCUUUAAGGAUGCCAAAAAAGAUGAGUCCGUCCGCAAGUCCUACAAGUACCUGGCCGCCCUGCAUGAAAACUGCAAUCACCUGAUCCAAACCAUCGAGGACACUGGUACAAUCCUGAGAGAAAUUCGUGAUCUGGAGGAACAGAUUGAGACAGAACAUGGUAACAAAACUGUGGCUAACCUGGAGAGGAUUCUGGAUGACUACAAGGCCAUUCGACAGGAGAACUCUGCACUUGCUGCCAAAGUGCGAGAAGGCUGAAGGAGACAGCGGUGGACUCUGCGCUGCCUGCUCAGGCUGAAGCUGGAGUACAAGCCUCGAGCUGCCUGAACGGGACUCAAACAGCAUUCCAGUUUUCAGACUGAAGCUAAUGCUGUUGAUUAACACCACCCUCUGUUGCCAUUGGAUACCUGCUUUUCUUCAGAAAGGCUAGCUGAUUGUUGUACCAUGGAAACUAACUUAGCAUUUUAAUGCAAUAUGGAUGGAGAUGGUAUUUAGAUUUUUUUUUUCUAAUUUCAAAGUGAUUUCUAUGGCUGGACAUGCUCGAUGAGGGUCCAUGCACUGCUGUGAUCAUUCUGCAGCCGAAACAUAACACUGGACAGCAGCUGAUGCUGUCAGAGCCUCUCUGUUCAUGUGUACUCAUUCAUAUCGAUGUAUGAAAUGUUUUCAUAAGAUAUCUGGAUUAAAAUCUAAUCUGUGACUUGGAAUUUUUAAUACAGAAAAUAUUUCCAAAAUUUUCAGACUUCACUUAUUUCAUUGUCAUGGAUCUAUUCAAACUAAGUAUGCUGAGUGAAUGGCAUUUGAAUGUAGUCCAUUAAUAAUGUUGUCCAGCCCCAUCAGCAAAGUAUUGUAUAUAUGGUACCAGUUUAAAUAAA